AGCUAACAACGCUUGCUUCUUGCCUUACACUCCUUGCCUUACACUCCUGGACGACGCAACCCCCGCAAAUGGCCCGUCCUUAAACCCCGCAGUGGGCGGCCUGAGCCUCAGAUGCUCCGACAUCGAGGACUUGUGGCAUCUAGACGUCGUUCAGACUGCAUAACGCUCAAACCCUCACGUAGGCGGGCGCCGAUGGCGCUGAACGCAGUUUCGACUCAACUGACAGACCAGGCAGGGCACCCAGAAUGCGUCAUAGAACAUCCCAGCAGUACUACGCAGGGAUUUAAUGGAUCCAAGAAGGAAACCAGUGUUCUGGCGAUUCUCAGCGAUGUCAACACGCUCGACGCCGCAGCCGCUAUUCAGGAGGUGCUGUCUGUAUCAAAGCGAAUAGAAUGCGCCCUCGUAUUUGCAGACGCGAGCGGCUCUGCCGAGGCAUCACACGGUGCUGCAGCCAGCGCGGCCAUUCCCUACCCUUCCUCCGCCUCCGCCGCACCGGCCUCCCCCGGGGCGGUCACCGCUGGCGACAUCAAUGCCGUGGCGUGCCUGCUUGACGCCGUGGCUCUGAGUGCGCGGCCGCGACUGCGCUGCGUGCCGCUGCUGCCUGCCGCCGGCUGGAGCCUGGAACGCACGGCGGCCCUUCCGGCACAGGUAUUGCUGCUGCCUGCCAGCCCGCACAGCUCCCACAUCUCCCACAGCUCCCGCAGGGCCGACAGCAGCAGUGGCGCCAGCGCUAGCUCCAGCGCACACCACGCGGCGCACCCCGCAACGGAGCCGCAGCCGCUGGCCGAAGCCCUGCGGCGUGACGAGGGCGCAACCGCAUCCACGUCCGGGGCAGGGCCAGCAGGGGCAGGAGCCGCGGCGGCGGCGACACCAGGGGCAGGAGCAGCGGCGGCGGCGGCAGCGUUGGCGGAGCGCCUCACACGGCUGCGGCCGGCGCAGCUGCCGGCGUGGCAGGUGCGGACGUUCGCGCCUCCCGCCGAGCCGUUCCCACCGCCGCCCAUACCAGCUCCCAGCACGGCUGCACAACCCGCCCACCCCCGCUCCUCGCCGGCGCCCCAGCCCCCGCCACCACAACCACUGCCACUCCAGCAGCCGCCACCCUGUGCCGCCUGCACCGCCUCCGCCAGCACUGCCUACAACACGCUGUUGGACGGCGCGCCCGCACCCGCCUCCACGCCGCUCCGCUUCGCUCGGGUGGCUGUGGGCGGCACCUUCGACCGCCUGCACGCGGGGCACGAGCUGCUGCUGGCUGCCACGGCGCUGGUGGCGGAGCGGUUCGUGUUCGUGGGCGUUACGGCCGACGCGCUGCUGGCGGGCAAGUCCCACCGGGAGCUGCUCCAGCCGUACGACACACGUGCGGCUGCGGCGCUGUCGUACCUGACUGCCGUACGGCCCAGCCUGGCGGUGGAGGCGGGGCCGCUGUCAGACCCCAAGGCGCCCACCCUGGCUGAGCUGGACCCUGCCAUGGAGGCGCUGGUGGUGUCGGUGGAGACGCUGCCCGGCGCCACGGCCAUCAACAAGGGCCGGGCCGCCCGCGGCUUCGCGCCGCUGUCCAUUAUCACAGUGCCCGUCAUCGGCGUGCGGCAGCGUGCGGGUGCGGGUACGGGUGGUGGUGGGGGUGCGGGUGGAGGUGGUGGUGAUGGAGAGGUGGUGGGGGAGAAGCUCAGCUCGUCCGGGCUGCGUGCCGCCGAGGCGACGCUGGCGAGCGCGAGCAUGGAUGAGGGGGCGGUGCCGGGUGCGGUGGGGGCAGCGGCCGGGGUCACGAGCUAAGCGUGCAGUGGCUCGGCAAGCGGGACAUGCCUAUGUGCUAGCUAGCUACACUCUGAACUGUAAGUAGGCAUGAUGGGGGCGGCGGCGGCCUGGCCGGAUGCUCUGGUUGCAGGUGACGGGUUGGCUGGUUCGCGGUGAGGGAGCUCGGAAGCGUUUGGUGAAGGGCACUGAAGCCGUUCACUUGCGGCGGGUUCGGCAGUUGUGUUGGUCAGUGGCUUGAUUGCUUAGCGGACUUGGAAUGAUGUGUGGCACGGCUGCAAGCAUAGUCAGCAGGUGUGUGCGUGUGUGUACGUAUAGCAACGUUUUGAAUGUGUGUGACACGGCAAGCUGUACGGUGUGACACUGGCCAGACAGAGGGACUGGUACGGCAGGAAGCAGGAAGCAUUGGUGGCAGUGCCGGGGGUCUGAGACAAGCAGUCACGUGGGUGGAGCGCUGCAGGGCACGGUGCCUCCCCCCCCCGUCCGGUGUUGUCAAGCCCACGGGUAUAAGGGUACGGCUGCGGUACGAUACAGCCGGUACCAUGGGCGGUUGAGCCAGGGAAGCUGCUGUUGGGCCAAGGAAGCUGCUGGUGGGACAGUUGAGCCGUGCCCUGCAGUCCUGGUAGGUGCAGCAUUGCUGCGGUGUUCCAAUGAAGAGAUUGCUUUUCCCUAUCGCUGACCUCUCGCCGCGGCUCCGGGAGGCUCUGCCAAAGCGUGCUGUCAACGCCAGCGUUCAGGGCGAACAGGCACGACGGUUUCGCCAACCGAAGUUCGCUCCCUGUCAACGCCUCCACCUAGGCCUCAUCAUCAGCCCUUGGACUGAAGUCUAUCGCGCAAGUAGAUUUCACGUGACGCAUUUGGAACCGUUUUUGGAACCCACACGAGGGUGGGCUGGGUUCCGGGACCAUCCAACGCUGUGGCGCCGACACCGCCUGGGGCUGGCCUCAGGCACAGAAGGCGGGAUCAACGCGGAAGCCCUCAGGUUGGCUGUUCAAUGGCCAGGUUGCGGCAAGUGAAGCGUUUUCAAUUUGUAGUAGGAGUCAUGCUGGGUCCAGCGCGGUGCUGACUAGUCUGAUGAUUUGCCGAGCCCAACAACCUGA